GAACACGACAACUUUUUGAUAAGGAUCAAGGCAAAGAUAAUGCUAGUAUUUCUUCAGGAAGUGUAGAAGGGGAUUCAAAGGCAACACGAUCCAGUCGAUUCUUUGCUUCGUUUGGUAGAAAGUCAACUCGAUCAAAGACAAUCGGACCUUCUUCCAUUUAUUCUUUUGAGACUGUGGAUAGUGUAAAGGUUUCUUAUUCGCCUCAAAGUAUGGCUAGAGCCCAUACGGAUUCUGCUGUAGGAGGUGUAAAUACUAGACCUACACAUGAAAAGGCUUUGGAUGACCUUUGCAAGAUAAUGCCUCAUAUAAAACGUUCUGUCUUGGCUGAGUACGUCGGUGAGGCAGGAGGAGACUAUAUGAAGGCUUUACUGUUGUGCAAAAAUGCAGUUACUGCUGGAAAACUGUGAUGAUAAUCCUUUUCAUCGUUAAAACUAAAUUUACUUACAAAUACAUACAAUACAAUACAAUACAAUACAAUAUAAUAUAAUAUAAUAUACACACAUACAUACAUAAUACAUACAUCCACACGCAUAGGUACAAUUUUUAAAAUUGUAUUAUAUUUUGAACUUCUUUA